GUCCCGAGGACUGCUCGCGUACGCAGUGUUGCCGGCACCCAGGGUUCCAGUGCUACGCCAAGAACGAUUAUGGGGGCGCGCGGAUUUCGCGAUGUGCAUGGCAUCAUGCAACCCUGGCCGCAACCCGACGGAUCCGGGGCAGGACACGUGGACCUGCAAGGAGCUCGGCAAGCGGACCCCCGGCAAGGUGCCGACAUGCUCCGACGUCUGGAGCAAUUGCGCCGAGUCUAAGUGCUGCCAGGACGCGGGGGCGCUGUGCUACGGGAAGAACGCCACCUGGGCUAGCUGCAAGGUGGCGUGUCAGCCUGGCCUCGAUCCGAACGACGCCGACGGUGGCAGCUGGAGCUGCGAGCAGCUGGGUCCGCGGGCCCCCGAGAGGGCGCCGUGGGUGGAGGGUUCGUGCACGCGCCAGGGGGAAGACUGCAGCUAUUCAAGGUGCUGCUUGGGCUCUGGCAUGAAGUGCUACGAGAAGAACCCCUACUGGGCGGCGUGCCGGGCCAAGUGCAAGCCGGGCCAGAUCGACCUCACCGAGCCAGAAGAGUACCGAACCAACUGGACUUGCAACGAACUCGGAGGAGCGAUGGUGAACACCGUCGCAGAAACGAAGAG